UUUACACAGAUGUCCUAUCGGGGUAGUUAUCAAUCACGUUUUGUCUCUGCAUCUUCAAGUGGUUCAUCUCAAAUUUACCAUCUAGGCAGCAUGAAUUCUGUUCCUCCACCACAGUCGUUGGUUACGUCCACUGCACCUACUUUGGUCGGUGGAGUUUACAUGUCGGCUCGCGAAAGAGAGAAGAAAAAGGAAGAAGAGUAUGCGAACUUAAUGUGCUAUGGGGCUAAAACCGAGAAAGACGCAAGGAAGAAGCGCAUCUACGACGAUGAAUACCUCGAGGGCGAGGAUUCAGAUGAAGAAAAGUCGUCAUCGCAAAUGAAAGCAAUUCAACCAGUUGAUGAUGAGGAAGACGAGCUCGAUGCUUUUAUGGCGGAAAUUGAUGCACAGGCUUCAAAGGAUAAAGCGAUAUCAGUACAGAAAGAAAAAGACCGUGUUAGUGGAAAAGAUGCUGAUGCUGACAAAAAAGGCAUAGGUAGAGCUGACAUCGACGAUGAGGAUAUGCAAGAGUCGUACUUCAAAUAUCUCGAAGAGCAUAAAGAAAAAGUGGGCAACGAUGAGGAAGAAUACGAAUACGAUGAAGACGGGAACGUCAUAUGGACAUGGAAAAAGGUUAUCGAUCCUUUACCUGCCAUAGACCACUCGACAGUUGACUAUCAAGAGUUCAACAAAGAUUUCUAUGUGGAGCAUGAUGAAAUCAAAAAGCUUAACCACGUGGAAGUGGUGAGACUUCGUGAGCAGCUUGGGAUACGUGUUGGUGGUUUUCAUCCGCCAAAGCCUAUCUGUUCCUUCGCUCACUUUGGUUUUGACAAGCAGCUGAUGGAUACAAUUCGAAAAAGCGAGUACGAACAACCCACUCCUAUUCAGGCGCAGGCCAUACCAAGUGCUCUCAGUGGACGUGAUGUAUUGGGAAUAGCAAAGACGGGAAGCGGGAAAACGGCAGCAUAUCUUUGGCCAGCCAUAGUGCACAUAAUGGACCAACCGAAUCUGAACCAUGGUGAUGGUCCAAUCGCACUUAUUGUUGUUCCUACAAGAGAAUUAGCCAUACAGGUGUACCAAGAAGCUAAACGCUUUUGCAAAGUUUACAAUAUCAACGUCAUUUGUGCUUAUGGUGGCGGAAGUAAAUGGGAACAAUCAAAUGAGCUGAAGAGCGAGGGAGCGGAACUGGUUGUUUGUACACCGGGGCGAAUAAUCGAUCUGGUGAAAAUUGGUGCAACAAAUUUUUCCCGUACUACUUUCCUGGUUUUUGAUGAAGCGGACAGAAUGUUCGAUAUGGGUUUUGAAGCACAGGUGAAAUCAAUAUCUGAUCAUGUACGGCCCGAUCGUCAGUGUCUGAUGUUCAGUGCAACUUUUAAGCAUAAGGUUGAACGCCUUGCAAGGGAUGCGUUGUGUGAUCCUGUGCGCAUUGUACAAGGGGAAGUUGGAGAGGCGAACGCAGAUGUUAUGCAGACGGUAGAGGUCUUACCACGGCAGGAUACGAAGUGGGUAUGGCUUACGCAAAGACUUGUGAAUUUUAGCUCAAUGGGUAAGGUGUUGAUUUUCGUCACAAAGAAGGUAAAUGCUGAAGAUCUGGCUAAGAAAUUAAAGGCUCGAGAUUUUGAAUUAGUUUUGUUACACGGAGACAUGCUACAGCACGAACGAAAUGAGCAUCUCCAGGCAUUCCGCAAGAAGAUUAAUAUUAUGGUGGCCACUGACGUAGCCGCACGUGGUCUCGACAUUCCGGAGAUUCGUACAGUUGUGAACUAUGAUUUGGCCAGAGAUAUUGAUACGCAUGUGCAUCGAAUUGGUCGAACUGGUCGCGCAGGUACAAUCCAUCCAAUCGUUUAUCAUUUUUUUAGAGGUUCUACAAACAAACACUUAAAAGAAUUUAUAGUUCCCAGGAUCGACUUUCUCUUAACCUCGGCAUUGGAAUAUGAAUGUGUCGUUUUCUUGUUCAGCAAUCGCGAGGUUUUUAAACAGCAUACAUUUACUUCCAUAAAAACACAAUACAAUACAACGCUAGCUGACGCCAAACGCUUCAAUAACACUUACAAAAAGACGAAGAACUCUUUGGUAAUUACCUAA